AUGUCGACAGCACAAAGAGUCAAUUCGAUUUCGCUACAAGAAUGCCCGGCAUCAUGUCGCGAAACCCAAGAUCCAACAUCACGAGAGGGAUGGUUCUUAUACUCUGAUAUUGACAUGUUGACUGUGUGCAACAAGACCAUGCUCGUGGACAUGGUGGUCCAGAAUGCCCAGAUCGGUGACUCGGGGAAGAUAGUUACCAGAGCCUGCACUGCCGACUAUGACCCACCAGUCCAGCCAGAAUUCGUGAAUGAUGAGAACAAAGCUUCCCUUUGCACGACUGCCAAUCGAGUGUUGGAAAAUUCGUCUAUCCAUCUAUCACAGCCACCUGUGGACGACAAAGGGUAUCACACGAAUGACCUAGUAUCCGCUGGGCGCCAAAUAGCCAACCAUCUAGCACUUCAAAAACCAUCUUGCCAACAGAGUGCUAUAGAGUUCGCAUAUUCGCAGUCCUCAGCGAUUGGUGUUUACGCAGGAGCGGAAUUGCACCAGCAAGGUGUGACUGCGCUAGUCUUAGAACAGUUCCUGGACAAAGCUCAGAGUAGUGGGUUUUCGCAGACAACUGUAAUUCAAAUGUGUGGAGGCGAAGGAAGAGGAGCCGAUUACAGCCUUGGAAUAGUGGCUGCCAGUGCUAAGAACUUCGAGUUUGUCCAGAAAACCGUCAAAAGCUGGUCUAAUGGAGACUGUCUUUCUGCCUCCAAAACGGAAGAGCCUUGGAUGGAUGUCGCAAUCAGAGUUCCCGAACCUAUUGAAGAGACAUCUGGCAACAGCACAAAUGUUACGUCUAAAGUACAGACCGAAGUACCGAAUAAUCGCCAAAAGAGGGCCACACUUGAAAUUCGGUCUGAUUGUACAACUGCAAAAGUACAGUCCGGAGAUAUUUGCUCGACAGUCGCCAAAAGAUGUGGUAUCAAUACGGCGGACUUGCAAAAAUUCAAUCGAGCUAAUAUUUGCACUACCCUUGUCCCGGAUGAGUUGGUAUGCUGCAGUAGUGGCACGCUCCCCAACACAAUACCCCCUGGUAACGCCGAUGGAACUUGCAAGACCAGAGAGGUAGUGUCAGGGGACCUCUGCGGCUCUCUUGCCUCUAAGUGCGGCAUCAGCUUGAACGACUUUUUGCAAGUCAACACGAAACCCAACUUUUGUAACAGUCUCUUUGUCGGACAGAAGGUCUGUUGUACCGCUGGAAACUUCCCAGAUUUGAAGCCCAAGCCCGACGAUAAAGGUAACUGCGCUACCUAUACCAUCAAGCAGAACGACAGUUGCUCCAAGAUUGCUGCUACGCUUGACCUGACCGUAUCUGAACUGGAGACCUUCAACAAAGGUACCUGGGGUUGGAAUGGUUGUAACGACCAAUUUUUCCCGGAUUUUGUGAUGUGUGUUAGCACCGGUAACCCACCUAUGCCUGCCGUCAUUAAGGUAGAUGGAACGGCCCAACCUCCUUCAGGGACCAAUCUCAGCAGCCUCAACGCCUGUGCACUAAAUGCUUGCUGCAACAAAUGGGGAAAUUGCGGCACGACAGACGAGUUUUGUCUCCUCACUCCGUCGAAAACUGGCGCACCCGGUACCACUGGAUGUAUCAGCAAUUGUGGCAGGGACAUCGUCAAAGGGAGCCCCCCAGCUACCAAGAUGAAAGUGGGAUACUACGAAUCUUGGAAUUUCGACCGCAAGUGUUUGAACAUGCCGGUCACAUCCAUUCCUUCGGAUUAUACACAUAUUCACUUUGCAUUCGUCAGUGUUUCAGCAAGUACCUAUAAACUCACAAUCCCGGAUGAAAGGACUUUGAAGGAGUUCGAAGAAUUUAAGAAGAUGAAGAAUGUUAAGAGGAUUAUCUCGUUGGGCGGAUGGGCUUUCAGCACAGAACCGGGGACAACUGCUAUCAUACGAGAGGGCAUUUUACCCGAAAAUCGCAACACAUUCAGGGAUAAUGUUGUCGCGUUUCUGAAUGAACAUGAUUUGGAUGGUGUUGACUUGGACUGGGAAUACCCCGGGACUGCCGGAGAUAACACAACACCCAAAGACGCCCUUGCCGAAGGUCUGAACUACUACAAAUUCCUUCUUAGUGUCAAGUUAGCUGUCAAGUCAUCGUCAAAGUCAGUUUCGUUCGCCGCUCCAGCGUCCUACGGGUACCUGAAAGCGUUCCCUAUCAAUUUGAUGGCGAGAGAACUGGACUAUAUCAUCUUUAUGACGUACGACCUGCAUGGUCAAUGGGACUAUGGAAAUCCUUGGACCUCGUCUGGCUGUUCGUCCGGGAAUUGUUUGAGGUCGCAUGUCAAUGAGACUGAGACGAAGGAUGCACUCUCUAUGAUCACAAAAGCUGGCGCAAAUUCCGGAAAAGUGGUCGUUGGUGUUGCUAGCUACGGUCGAUCCUUCAAGAUGGAGAAAGCGGGUUGCGACUCGGAAAUGUGUAAGUUCACUGGAUCGUCUAUCAGCUCAGACGCGUACAAGGGGCGUUGUACAAAUAGUGCCGGGUAUCUUGCGAACGCAGAGAUUCUGGAGAUUAUUCAGAAUGGCAACGUUCAGAAGCAGUAUGUCAAGGAAGGCUCCAAUAUUCUGGUCUUCAAUGACACAGAGUGGGUGGCAUAUAUGGAUGAGGAUAUGAAGGCGUCACGGGCAAAGUUCUAUGAUUCAUUCAACUUUGCUGGCACUACAGACUGGGCUGUUGACCUUCAGAAGUUCUUGGAUUAA